GAUAGUCCGCCGGUGUUCCGUAACACGCCCCUGAUCUACAGUGUGAGCGAAGAUCUGGGUGCCGGACACACAGUUGCAACCAUUCAAGCAACCGAUCCUGACACACUUGGGACACUCACCUAUACCAUGGCCCAAGGUGACGAUGGCAAGUUCCUCCUGGAACCAGUUAGCGGAGUAUUACGGUUAAAGGACGCUUUAGACCGUGAAACAAAGGAUAACUACCAACUGGUUAUACGUGUGACGGACGGUGUACAGCACACUGAGACUACCGUCACCAUUCAAGUCACUGACACCAACGACAACCCUCCAACAUUUUCCGAGCCCGUCUACUCUUUCGACAUUCCCGAAAAUGCGCCAAGAGGCUAUCAGGUCGGAAUAAUCUCAGCCACUGAUCCUGAUUUAGGAAUGAAUUCCGUUGUAUCGUAUACGGUAAUCUCAGACUGGGCCAACGAUGUUUUCAGUUUGAAUCCUCAAACCGGAGUUUUUACGCUCACGGCACGUUUAGAUUAUGAGGAGGUACAACAUUACAUUCUUGUGGUGCAAGCCCAGGACAAUGGUCAUCCGAGUCUUUCGACCACGCUCACCGUCUACUGUAACGUACUCGACCUGAAUGAUAAUGCGCCCAUCUUUGAUCCCAUGAGUUAUUCCAAUGAGAUCUUCGAGAAUGUGUCCAUUGGAACAUCGGUGGUAACCGUGAGUGCAACGGAUAUUGAUUCAGGAGAUAACGGUCGAAUUGAGUAUAGCAUAACAUCAGGUGACGAUAACGAUGAUUUCGAAAUUGCAACGAACGGUACCAUACGAACGAAACGUGAACUCGAUCGAGAAACAAAAAAUUCCUACAAUUUGGUUGUAACCGCAAAAGAUUGUGCCAAAGAACCCGAGCAAAAACGUCUAUCAUCGACGGUUCAGGUAACCAUCGUUUUAAAAGAUGUGAACGAUCAGUCUCCUUCCUUUACAUCGCCAAACGAAACUUCAAUCAUGGAGAACAUUCCCAUCAACACAGUCGUAAUGGCAGUGAAAGCUAUUGAUCGGGACGAAGGACGCAACGGUUAUAUUGAAUACCACCUAUCCUCGGAUCCACCUGUACCCUUUACUUUAGGCUCGGUUGACGGCCUCCUCAGGGUCUCAGGUCGUCUCGAUCGAGAAAUUCGCGCAUCUUAUCUCUUGACCGUAACAGCGCGAGACCGUGGUGAACCACCCCGCUCGAAUCAAACUCAAAUCCUCGUUCGAGUCCUCGAUCAAAACGACAAUAGUCCAGUAUUUGAUCCAAAGCAGUACAGUGCUUCGGUCGCUGAGAAUGCAAGCAUAGGUGCUAUGGUGUUGCAAGUAUCUGCAACUGAUAUCGACGAAGGAUCAAACGGUCGUGUUCGGUUUUCUAUUGCCGCAGGAGAUAAUAACCGUGAUUUUAGUAUAAGCGAAGAUUCCGGAGUAGUUCGUGUUGCUAAGAACCUGAACUACGAGAGGAAGUCACGAUACACUCUGACCGUGAGAGCCGAAGACUGUGCAGCAGAUGUUGGUGGAGCUGCUGCAGGAGAGACUCGUUUCGACACAGCCGAAUUGACAAUAAUCAUAACAGAUAUAAAUGAUAAUCCUCCGACAUUUUUGGAUUCGCCCUACCUAGCUUAUGUUAUGGAAAACGUGAUACCACCUAACGAAGGAUAUGUGAUAACAGUUACUGCCUACGAUGCCGAUACUCCGCCGUUCAACUCACAAGUGCGGUAUUUCCUCAAAGAGGAUGAAACCCAUUUAUUUCGGAUCAACGCUUCAAGUGGAGAAAUAUUUCUGCAACGAGCGCUGGAUCGUGAAGUGCAGGCAGAAUACAUGCUCACUCUAGUCGCGAUGGAUACUGGUUCCCCACCACUCAACGGCUUUGGAACAGUUCGCGUUGUUGUACAAGAUGUAAAUGACCAUAGUCCUGAGUUUUCUCGGCAGUCAUACUUUACCUCAAUCCAAGAAAAUCUACCGGCUAACACCAAAGUAAUUCAACCAGUUGCUACUGACAAAGACAUUGGUCUCAAUGCCAAGAUUCGAUACAGUCUCCUUGGUGAAAAGGUGGACCGAUUUCACAUCAAUCAAGACACAGGCGAAGUGACUACAGCAAUAAGUUUAGACCGCGAAGAUACAGCCAUCUAUUACCUUACAUUGAUGGCACAAGACAGUUCGACAACAGAACCAAAGGCCACUACUGUGAACCUCACCAUCAUAAUCGAGGAUGAGAAUGACAACUCACCAACAUUUGAGAGCCCCAGUUUCAAUAUUUACGUCCCGGACAGAAUUCAACCUGAUCAAUUUGUCUUCGGGGCAAAAGCAGUUGACUAUGAUGCGGGGGAGAAUAGUAAAAUUAUUUACUCAAUUAGCGGCAGAGACGUCGAAAAGUUUAUAAUAAACGAGGAAACCGGCGUUAUAAAAACUAAAGCCGAACUAAGCUCCAACGGAGGGACUUCAGACAAGGUAUAUAGCAUAGUAAUGCAUGCUUCCGAUCAAGGAAAAGAACCACGAUCAACAAGCGCCGACCUCACAGUUCUCCUCAAACCAGCCCAUUCCUUCCCUACCUUUGCCUUCACGAGCGACACCAGCUUCACUCUUCCAGAAGAUGUAACCGAAGGCAAGGUAAUCACAAAAAUGCUUGCUCAUUCUCCAAAGAAAGGAGCAGCUGCAAACAUAAGAUACUCAAUCGCAGGAGGCAACAUAAAGGAUGCCAUGAAAAUUGAUGCAGGUUCGGGAGUUAUUUCUGUAGGGAGAGGCGGGCUUGACUAUGAGACCGCACACCAGUACGAAAUUUGGGUUGAAGCAUCUGAUUCGGAUCGACCAAGUCUACGAAGUGUCAUGCAGCUAACAAUAAACGUUACCGAUUCCAAUGACAAUGCGCCGAUUAUGGAUAAGUUGAUAUACAAUACUGAAAUCAUGGAGGAGGAAACUCCUCCACAAUUCGUUGCUAAAGUUCAUGCAACCGAUCUUGAUUCUGGUGUCAACAGUGAAAUAUCUUAUCGGCUUCAGAACGAUUUCGAAGGCACAUUUGAGAUAGAUUCCGAUACUGGUGAAAUAUUUACUAUGAUGAGGUUGGAUCGCGAAGAGAUUGCAAAAUACGAACUAACAGUGGAAGCCGUAGAUCAAGGCAUGCCUCAGUUGACGGGAAGCGCCAGUGUAAUAAUACAAAUUCUGGACAAAAACGACAAUCCACCACGGUUCACCCGACUCUUCAGUGUAAAUGUUACUGAAAAUGCUGAAAUUGGAAGCUUCGUUAUAAAGGUAACUUCUUCCGACCUCGACAUUGGAGAGAAUGCCAACGGGACAUACAGCUUCACUGAAAAUCCAGGCAAGAAGUUUGCUAUUGAUCCGAUAACUGGUAAUGUCACCGUGGUCGCCCACUUAGAUCGAGAACAACAAGAUGAAUAUCUCUUGAAGGUAACCGCUGUAGAUGGUGCGUGGAGGGCUGAAACCCCUCUCACCAUUACGAUACAGGAUCAGAAUGACAAUGCUCCCGAAUUUGAGCACAGCUAUUACAGCUUUAAUUUCCCGGAACUGCAAAGAGCAGUGUCGUUCGUCGGGCAGGUGAUUGCUACCGAUCGCGACAAGCAAGGGCCCAAUUCAGUCAUCUCGUAUUCUCUCCAGCAACCCUCUGACUUAUUUACAAUCGACCCUGCAACUGGAGAGUUGUUCAGCAAGAGGACGUUGCGAUACAAGCACUCUCAAAUGGAAUCUUCUCCCGAAAACAUGUAUGCACUGACUGUGUUAGCUACAGAUAACGGCAAGCCUCCAAUGUAUUCAGAAUGUUUAAUCAACAUCAAUGUUGUCGAUGCGAAUAACAAUAAGCCGAAGUUCGAAGAGAAGGAGUACUUAUCGCCCGUCCCAGAAGAUGCUAAAGUUGGUCAGAGGAUUGUACAAGUAGUCGCUCAUGACGAUCUCGACUUUGGUGUAAAUGCUGAAAUUGAUUACGCUAUCGUAGGAGGAAAUGGAACUGGUAUUUUCUCGAUGAAUAAGAUAGACGGAUGGAUAGCAGUUGCUAAGGAAAUCACGGUUUCCCCGAAUAGUGCUUUUGUGUUGAUUGUUCGCGCCGUGGACCGUGGCGUUCCUCCACAACAAGAUGAAGUGCAAGUCACAAUAAUUGUUACCGGAGAAAAUUACAACUCUCCUGCCUUCAAAGCGCUUAGCUAUCAGGUCAUUGUUCCUGAAAACGAACCAGUAGGAUCCACCAUCCUUACUGUCUGCGCCAACGAUCCAGAUGAUGGUCCAAAUGGAAUGGUGCGAUAUGCGAUAUCAGGCGGGAAUGAACGGAAAGAAUUUUCAGUUCACCCGGUAACAGGGGCCGUUAUAAUAUCAGAACCAUUAGAUUAUGACCUGAUUCAAAAGUAUCACCUAAACAUCACGGCUACAGACCUGGGAUUCAAGCCGAAACACAAUGUAGCGAUGUUAACAGUCACUCUCACCGACAUCAAUGACAAUGCUCCCACGUUCAAUCAAUCAGUGUACGAUGCCUAUAUCGCAGAAAAUCAACCUCCGAAUACGAUUGUAUUCAAAUUAUUGGCAACUGACAAGGAUUCACCAAAGAACGCCAUAAUAAGGUACUCGAUUACUGGAGGAUCUGGCAAGGAAUUUUUCAGAGUUGAUCCAAAGACUGGUGUGAUUAUAUCAACAACGAGUUUCGAUUAUGAAGAGCGCAAGGAGUACUUCCUCAACAUCUUGGCAGUCAAUCCAGAUUCACCUAUGUCUGGGACAACCAAAGUAAUUGUACACAUCACUGGUGUCAACGAAUUUUAUCCUAGAUUUGUUCAACCCGUCUUCCAUUUCGAUGUAUCCGAGUCUGCAGAAGUAGGAACAAGCGUCGGAACAAUCCAAGCGACUGACAAAGACGCAGGUGAUGACGGGAAGGUUUAUUAUCUGCUAGUGGGAUCGAGUAAUGACAAAGGAUUCGCUAUUAACCCGGAAACUGGUACCAUGCGAGUAUCUAGAAGUCUAGAUAGGGAGACUCAAAGCAGAGUAGUAUUGACAGUCAUGGCUAAAAACUUCGGCGGAAUCCGAGGAAACGAUACUGAUGAGGCUCAAGUCAUAAUUUCGAUUCAGGACGGCAAUGAUCCUCCAGAGUUUCUGCAAACAUCCUAUGAAACAAGUGUUUCUGAAGGAGCUCCGGUCAGUACUAGAAUUAUAACAGUUAAAGCUGUCGACAAAGAUGUUCGCCCACAGAACAAUCAGUUCGCCUAUUCUAUUAUCGGUGGUAAUACUGAUCAAGCAUUCAAGGUAGAUCCUCAAGCUGGUCAUAUUGAAACUGCCCGUAAACUUGACCGAGAGAAGAUCCCAGUUUAUAAUCUGAUAAUCGGAGCUAUAGACACCGGAACACCACCUCAGACUGGAACUGCUGCUGUGAAGAUCACUUUGACUGAUAUUAAUGAUAAUGGACCAGUUUUCGAGCCAAGUGACGUCAUUGGCAAUGUCUAUGAAAAUGAGCCUCCUGGAACGUCUAUUAUGACUUUGUCUGCAAGUGAUCCUGAUCUGCCACCAAACGGAGCACCGUUUACGUAUUACUUGAUUGGAGGAAAGCAUAAGUCGCUAGUGUCUAUCGAGAAGCACACAGGUUUGAUGAAAACAACAAGAAGUCUCGACCGCGAAGCAACACCAAAAUUAGAUUUGUUAAUUGAAGUGGAAGACAAUGGAAAGCCGAAAAUGAGAUCCCAGCACACCGUGACAGUGAAUGUUUUGGAUCAAAACGAUAGUCCCUCAACUCCUAGGGUAGCUCAUGUUCUUGUCCACGUCUUCAAUAAUAAAAUACACCAGGGUAAGGUGGCAGAUGUUCAUCCAAAUGAUCCUGAUACAACUGGGGAUUACAAAUGCAAGAUUGUAUCGAAUUCCAACUCCAGUCCCGCUGGAGCGCUGAUCAUUUCUAAUGGAUGUAACCUUCAUACUACAACACAGACAACAAUGCAAGGGUAUUCGUAUUCAAUAUCAGGUAACGAUGGCAAACAUAAGGACGUGAUUUCUACGAUCAGCGUUGAAUUCUUGCCAUUCGAUAAUACCACGGUCGCUAACUCUAUAACGAUUCACGUGAACAACAUGACUGCUGAGCACUUCUUAGUGAACUACUACAGAAGCUUUGUCGACCUUUUGAAGGCGCACUUGGAGUAUGGAGAUGAACUCAACUUAUAUAGCCUCCGGAACGUUAAUGGUUCAGGUUUUGAAAUAUCCAUUGCUUUGAGGAAUUCAAUGGGAUAUCGGUCACAAAUGUACAUUAUUGAACGCUUACGUAAGAAGCACGAAGCCAUGACAAAGCUCCUACAAAUUUCUUCGCCAAAUGACUUCAUGGUGGGCUACACUCCGUGUAGCGUGAAUACAUGCGACAAUGGUGGUGUUUGCACUGAAGACUUUACCGUCCAUGAAAGAAUGAGUAUUAUCGACAGCCAAUCGCUUAUAUUUACUUCACCUCUUGUCUCUCACGAUUUCAUCUGCAAAUGUACGGAUGGAUACACUGGAAGACAGUGCGAGAAGCGGCAGGAUCCUUGCUCUCCCAAUCCAUGUCAGGCUAGCGGCCAAUGUCGUCGACAAGGAUACGACUUCCAAUGUUCUUGUCCCGCCCACAGGGAGGGUAAAUAUUGUCAGCUGGAACGAGGUGACGUCUGCUCUAGCAACCCAUGUCGCAACGGAGGAUCCUGUCGGGAAAGUCCCGAUGGUUCAUCAUUCUUCUGUCUUUGCCGACCUGGAUACCGAGGCAAUCAAUGCGAGAGUGUUGCUGAUUCUUGCAGGCCUAACCCAUGCUUGCAUGGAGGAUUGUGUGUCAGCCUCAAACCUGGCUAUAAAUGCAGCUGCAUUGAUGGCCGCUAUGGACGACAUUGUGAAAAGGCAACAUAUGGCUUCACGGAACUAUCGUACAUGUCAUUUCCUUCUUUGGAUCCUGGAACCAAUGAUAUAUCCGUCAUCUUCGCUACUACGAAACCUGACGCACUCCUUGUUUAUAAUUACGGUGUACAAAGUGGAGGCCGAUCUGAUUUUGUAGCAAUUGAGGUAGUCAAAGGUAAAGCUGUUUUCUCAUUCGGAGGAGCAAGGACUGCCAUUACUGCUGUGAUGGUAGGCGGAAGAAAUCUGGCUGAUGGGAGCUGGCAUAAAGUAACGGCAACGAGAAAUGGAAAGGUGAUGUCGUUGAGUGUGGCUAAAUGCACGGAAAAUGGAGACGUUUGUGAAGAUUGUAGACCAGGUGAUUCGAGCUGCUAUUCGGAUGAUGUAGGACCGACUGGGACACUGAACUUCAACAAGCAACCGCUUCUCGUUGGUGGGCUUUCAUCUGCCGAUCCUGUGCUAGAACGCCCAGGUCAAAUCCACUCUGACGAUCUAGUAGGCUGUGUUCAUAGCGUUUCGAUAAACGGUCGAGCCUUAAACCUAAGUAGUCCGCUCACAUCAAGAGGUAUCUUACCCACCUGCAACCGCAAUACGAAUGGAGGACCAUGCUCGCAAGAACUUCCCGACGAUCCAGCCCUGACGCUAUGUGGACCAUUCGAUGAAUGCAUCGAUCGUUGGCAUACAGCUAUGUGCCGUUGUGGUAGUGAUUUACUAUCUCCAGACUGUUUCAAUUCACUGGACCCCAUUUCAUUGAGUGAAGGAGGAUUCGUUGAAUUCAAAAUAUCAGAGAAGCACAAGCGAAUGCAGUUGUUGGACAAUUUGUAUGGAGGAAGCGCAUUCUGGACAUACGAAGUGACGAGACGAAGGCGAUAUACGAUCCAACAUGACAACAUAACGAGCAACGCACAAACAGUUGAGCCACCGAAAGCAUUGAGUAUGCUUUUUAGAACAGUCCAAUCAAACGGUUUGAUCCUGUUUGCUGCCACCAACAAGCACUACACAUCAAUUGAACUCAAAAGCGGAAAACUAACCUAUAGUUCCAGACAAAGUACUUCAGUCAAUAUGACUGUACAAAAUUUUGAUAAUCUAGCGGAUGGUAACUGGCAUAACCUAACGCUUCGGCUAGAACACAGAGUCCUCCACGUCCUGAUCGACGGUAAAAAGGCUGGAGAGGAACUUGAUGCAGCAGGCGUUCACGACUUUCUCGAUCCCUAUUUGACUGUGCUAUCCGUAGGUGGAAUCAGAAGAGAGUACCUAUUGCAAGAAGCCAUGCCUCAAAGUUUCGAAGGAUGUCUAGCUAAUUUCACGAUCAACAAUGAAAUUCAACCGUUCAAUGGAUCAGGAAGUGUAUUCAGAGAAGUUCUUACUCGCGGCAAAGUCUACCAAGGAUGCCAUGGAGCUUUAGGAAUUGGAGCUGCUCAAGUAUCGGAUCCUCUUAGUAUAGGAAUUACGCUUGUUAUUGUGUUCUUCGUUAUAUUGUUAGUAGCAAUUCUCGUUUCGUUUGUUGUAUUCAGAUUUAGAAAGCAGCAAAAAGAGAAAAGUGGUGGCCCUGGAAACACUCCUGGAAUACAUACUAAACAAAAUGGAGGAUCCACACUUCUGAAUAGUGGAGGGCUAGUAGCAUCCAACGCUGAUUGUGUAAUGUCUCGUGGACUUCAUUCAAAUGAUUCAAACCAAGGAUAUCAUAACGAUAACGGCGAUUUAAUGAGAGGAAUUGGGGGUCAUCACUUGGUUGGCCCGGAACUAAUAUCGAAAAAAUAUAAAGAACGCGAAAUUGGUAGCAAUGAACAUCAGCGACCACAACGGCCCGACAUCAUAGAACGAGAAGUGGUCAGUAAAAGUCCUCCACUUCGUGAAGAACAUCAUCCUCCGAUUCCACCACCUAGUCAGUCACAUCACCCCCAUGACCAUCCUUCCGGAGUAGAUUUAGGAUCUGAAUUCCCUGAGCACUAUGAUUUGGAGAAUGCAAGCUCUAUAGCUCCUUCGGAUAUUGACAUCGUCUAUCAUUACAAAGGCUAUCGAGAAGGAGGUGGGGUCCGAAAAUACAAAGCCACUCCACCACCUGUGGCAUCGUAUACUCAUCACAAGCAUCAAGCGUCCCCCGCGCAACAGCAACACAGACACUCUCCCCAUCAUGCUGGCCCGUAUGCACCACGUGUUCCUCCACAAACUAGUCAACCUCCUCCUUCGAAUACACCACGUCCUCAUCAAAGCACGCCUUUAGCUCGAUUAUCACCGAGUUCAGAGCUUAGUUCGCAACAACCACGUAUUCUAACGCUGCACGAUAUAUCAGGGAAACCAUUACAAAGUGCGCUUCUCGCAACCACAUCAAGUUCCGGAGGUGUCGGAAAGGAUGCGCUUCACAGCAAUAGUGAGAGAAGUUUAAAUAGUCCGGUUAUGUCGCAGCUUUCUGGUCAAAGCUCCAGCGCAAGCCGGAAAAAUCCCGGGGCCCCUCCCCAGACUCCAAAUGUAAAUUCAGUGGGGAGUGGACCGAUGGGUCUAACAGCUGAAGAGAUAGAAAGGUUGAACGCUCGACCACGCACAUCGAGUUUAGUUUCAACAUUAGAUGCUGUUUCGAGCAGCAGUGAAGCGCCGAGAGUGCCUGGAGCUGGUCAUCAUUUAACUCAUAUGCACCAUUCCCCAGAUGUGGAUGCGCACAGCUCAACUUCUACGGAUGAAAGUGGAAAUGAUAGCUUCACUUGCUCAGAAAUCGAGUAUGAUAACAAUAGCAUAAAUGGUGAUAAAUACAAUAAGAGUGGCGGAGAAGAGGACAGACGCGGUAACGAGAGUGGAACUAGUUCUAGUAAGCCACCCAUACCGCCUCCCUCAUACGAUGGAUUUGACUCAUCCUUCCGGGGAUCUUUAAGCACUCUAGUCGCAAGCGAUGAUGACCUCUCAACGCACAUGGGUGGAAUGUAUCGCCAGGUCAAUGGUGCAUCUCCAUCUACAACUACUCUAGGAUGGGACUAUCUACUCAACUGGGGUCCAAAUUUUGAAAGUCUAAUGGGCGUAUUUAAGGAUAUCGCUGAGUUACCAGACUCAGUUGUUAGUGAACAUGUAUCGGCAUCACUUCGAUUGCCAGCCAGUGUACAAAAACCAUCUGAAGAAUAUGUUUAGGAAUUAUUGAAUUAGAUAGAGUGUAAGGUCAAGAUUGAAGAUUAAUCCAUAUAAAUUUAAGCAUAGGCAGUAGCGUAGAAUUCAAGCUGUAAAUAGACUUUAUGUCUUUAUAAUGUGCAAACUACUGUCUUUAUCCAUAGCUUUUCUCCACUUUGCAAUUAAAGAUACAGAUAUACGAGUACUUAGAUGCCACCUUGUAUCAAGGUUUUAUCCUACAGAAUACAUACACCUUAUAUUAUCAGGACCAUCUUUAUCACGCGUAGAUUUACGGUUAAACUAGGGCUUCGAACAUGACGACGGUAUCAUAUUAUACAUACAAGGUAGAAAUUUCGGCGAGGGGAUAACUUUGGGAAAAAUAACCUGAUGUGCGCUUAAUUACUUUUGUGGCUCCAAUAUCAGUUGAUAUUUUGAACUCGAUUCAAAACGAGCGUAGGCUGGAUUAUGGAGACUUCAUUUUAUUGUAAUAAUAAAAAUUUACGUUUUGCUCCUCCAUCAGUAGUCGAAAAUUUAAUAAUUUCACUUUAAUUUACGACCCACUCCUUUCUUACUCCCAUGCAAGAUGCCCUAAUUAUAUUAAUUCUAGAAUUAUUAAAUGUAAAUAUCUAAACAAGUCUCAACAAUAUUAGAAGGAGCAAUCCGGCCAUCUUAAUGGCGUUAGAUGGAUUGUUUCAAUAAUAAAUACGAAAACUCAGUGCUGCAUUGUUUGUACAAAAUGUUAAUUAAAGUAUCUAAUAAAAAUGUAGAGGAAAUCAACUAGGUAAUACAACACACCCACAUCUGAAAUAAACAUUGAGUGCUAUAUAAAUUGUUAGUUCUUUAAGUUUAUCUUCUUGCCAUAAGAAUUCCAAUUUGUACGUAAAUAAAUGUAUUUCUAAUAGUAAAUUAAAAGUGUCAAAUAGAUAAACGUAAUAAAACACAAUUAAGACUGUUCAUGUAUUUGAAAUUUAGUAAGAAGAAUUCUAUAGAUACUUUUUCUAAUAACAAAGUGUAUUAUACUUUUGUGAGUAAGAUAGCAACAUAAAGUUAGGUUACUGAAACUAAAUCAAAAACUGAGCUUCAAAAGAUACGUCUCAAAAGAAAUUAUCGAAUUAAAUUUAACUACAAAAUUGAAACUACAUUUUGUACAUAAUUAUUUUUUAAGUAGGAAUCGAAUAAGAAGAAAGAAAAUAUACCUCUUCAUAUCAUUUUGAUUACGUGCAGAAAAUAUUUUUUACUUGGCAUAUUUGGUAUUUUUAACUUUUAAUAACAAAUUAAAAUUUUUAUAAAUGUAUACAUAAAUAUUUCACUGUCAAUUGUUUGUCAAAAACAUCGAAAUUGUAGACGAAACAAAACAACU